CCUUCCCCCACCGAGUCCGGCGACCGCGAGCAACAGAGCCGGAGACAGCGGCCCGCAUCAGGGAGAUGGGGCUGUGCUCGUGCUGCUGCCGGUGCCUGGAGAUCCUCUGCGCCAUCCUCCUCCCGCCCCUCGGCGUCUGCCUCCGCCACGGCUGCUGCUCCAUGGAGUUCUGGAUCAGCGUCCUGCUCACCAUCCUCGGCUACCUGCCAGGUGUCCUCUACGCCGCCUACGUCAUCCUCUCCGUCGACCCCGACCGCGCCCGCCGCAACGGCGACCCCGACGACUACAUCUACGUCGCCUGAGCCGCCGCGGUUCACCCGUGCCUCCUCCUUCCCUCACCCGCCCCGUCGUCUUUCUUUGGGGUUAGGUUAGUAGAAUCGGCUCUGUUCCUGCCCCUUGUAAAUGCACAUUUUGAACGGGUUAUAUACUUGGAUCGAGAUUUGCUUCUACUACUGUGGAUAACAGAUCGUUUAUGUUGCCUCAUUGCCU